UAAUCCAUGCACAUCUUUUUAGGGGGAAUCCUUAAACCUGAUAUGCUUGUGUUGUUGGUUUUUUCUACAUCCGGCUCCUUCGGGUCACGUGACAUUUGUUGACAGGGAAGGAAGAUGGCGGCGCGCUGGAGCAGCGAGAAUGUGGUGGUGGAGUUCCGGGACGCUCAGGCCACAGCCAUGUCUGUGGACUGCCUGGGUUCUCACGCUGUUCUGUCCGGCCGCCGCUUCCUCUACUUGGUGGAUCUGGAGGCGCCGUCGGAACCACCGCGUAAAAUCGGGCGCCACAGUAAAUGGGACGUGGGGACGGUCCAGUGGAACCCCCACGGCUCGGAGGCCCACAUCUUCGCUGCCUCGAGUAACCAGCGGGUGGACUUGUACUCCUGGAGGGACGGCUGUGGCGAGGCCCACUCCUCCCUGCAGGGACACACCCGCGUCAUCAGUGAUCUGGACUGGUCCUGGUUCGACCCGGAGCUCCUGGUCACCAGCUCUGUGGACACGUACAUCUACAUCUGGGACACCAGAGACGCCCGUAAACCCACGGUGGCGCUGUCUGCUGUCGCCGGGGCGUCUCAGGUGAAGUGGAACCGGAAGAACCAGAACCUGCUGGCCUCCAGCCACGACGGAGAUGUUCGGAUCUGGGAUAAAAGAAAGCCCAACACGGCGGUGGAGUACGUGGCCGCUCACCUGUCCAAGAUCCACGGCCUGGACUGGCAUCCGGACGGCGAGUUUGUCUUCGCCACGUCCAGUCAGGACAACUCCGUGAGGUUCUGGGAUUUCCGACAGCCCAGGAAGUACCUGAACAUCCUGUCCUGCCAGGUACCGGUGUGGAAAGCCCGCUACACGCCGUUCUCCAACGGGCUGGUCACCGUGAUGGUUCCUCAGCUCCGGAGGGAGAACAGCCUGCUGCUGUGGAGCACGCUCGACCUGAACAGCCCCGUGCACGCCUUCGUCGGACAUGACGACGUGGUUCUAGAGUUCCAGUGGAGGCCGCAGAAAGCAGGCUCCAAGGACUUCCAGCUGGUCACCUGGUCCAGAGAUCAGACUCUGCGGAUCUGGAGGGUGGACCCUCAGCUGCAGAAGCUGUGCGUCAGUGACGGGGUGGAGGACCUGAUGGAGGGGAUGUCCCUCACCGUGGACACGGAGAAGUCUCCGUCCUCUCAGGGGCCCGAGGGUCAGCUCAGCGGAGCCGGAGAUGGUCUGCUGGGUGAGACAGACCAGGGGGGCUCGCAGAGCUCCGGGACUCGUCAGGACUUGGCCCCGGGUUCAGGUCUGACUCAGACUCUGCAGCAGGAGUUCUCUCUGGUCAACCAGCAGAUCAGAAAUGUGAACAUGGAGAUGGACGCCAUGAACCGCAGCUGUGUGGUGUCGGCGCACUUUGGCAGCCAUCAGGUUCACCUGGUGGUCAAGUUUCCGGAUCAGUAUCCCAACAACGCCGCCCCCACCUUCCAGUUCGUUUCCCCCACGACCAUCUCAUCCACCAUGAAGACCAAGAUCCAGAAGAUCCUGAGGGACACGUCUCUCCAGAAGGUGAAGAGGAACUUGAACUGCCUGGAGCCGUGUGUCCGACAGCUGGUGUCCUGCCUGGAGUCUGACAUGACGCAGGAGGACAGCCCGGCAUCGGGUCCCUUUGUGCUGCCCAACCCCGUCACGCCAUCGCUGCAGGCUUUCCCCCGAGUCACCAACACCUACGGCUCCUACCAGGAUGCCAACAUCCCCUUCCCUCGUACGUCUGGAGCUCGCUUCUGCGGAACCGGCUGUCUCGUUUACUUCACGCGACCAAUCAGCAUGCACCGCUCGGCGCCCGCCAUAGAGCCCACCCCCAGGUCCCUGUCGGCUCUGUCGGCCUAUCACAGCGGAGUUCUGACCCCGAUGAAGAUGCGCUCCGAGUCCCAGAGCACGCUGCGGCUGUACAGCGGCAGCCCCACCCGCUCCGACAAAGACACCGUCUCCAUCUCCUCCUUCUACUAUAAAGAACGGAAGCUCCCAGUGUCCGCCUCUCGCCGCUGGUCUGUCCAAACCCUCUAUGAUUGGCCGAAAUCCCGCCGGUUCAAGACCAAGCGAGAGGGGGCGGACUACAGCAACCGGCCCAUCAAACUGGCGGGAAAAGUCAUCGUCCAGGACAUCUCCUGCCUGCUGCCCGUCCAUAAAACCCUGGGGGAGAACUACAUUCUGAACAUGAGCGACAUCCAGGAAACCUGCCAGAAGAACGCGGCGGCGGCGCUCGCAGUCGAACGCAGAGACGUGGCAAAGGUCUGGGCACUGGCCUCCGCAGCCACUAGUCAGGACCUGAGUCCAGAUUCAGACCCGGACACGGAGACUCCGUGGGCCAGACACCCGUUUGGGCGCCGCCUGCUGGAGACGCUUUUGGAUCACUACAGUCACAUGAGUGACGUCCAGACCCUGGCCAUGCUGUGCAGCGUGUUCAAGGCCCAAGCUCCGCCCCCAGACUGCAGCACGCUGUACGGACAGCUGCCACGCUUGCCCUCGCAUCACCCCCGAUACUCCAGCUUCACGUCCAGCUCCGUCACAUCCGGCUCCUGCUCCAGCACCUCCGACUCCAUCAACGCCAGCACCUGGACCGCAGUCCGAGAUCCCGAUCACAUCAGCCCCUGGGGGGAGCCCUCGCCGGACGACUAUCGCUACGGCGGCCAGGCCUACACGGACCCCCGGGAACGCGAGCGAGACCAGCACGACAUGAACAAGAGGCUGCUGGACCCCGCCAACAUGCCACAGUUUGACGACUUCAAGAAAUGUUACGGGGAGAUCCUGUACCGCUGGGGCCUCCGGGACAAGAGAGCCGACGUCCUGAAGUUUGCCUCCUGUCCGCCAGAACCCCACAAAGGCAUCGAGUUCGGCGUUUACUGCUGCCACUGCCGCAGCCAGGCGCGCGGGACUCAGUGCGCCGUCUGCAAGCACCUCACCUUCCAGUGCGCCGUCUGCCACGUGGCCGUCCGCGGAUCCUCCAACUUCUGCCUGAGCUGCGGUCACGGAGGCCACACCAACCACAUGAUGGACUGGUUCCGCAGGCAGGACGAGUGUCCGGCCGGCUGCGGCUGCCACUGCCUGCUGCAGAGCACCUUCUGAGAGCAGCCGCAGCCGGGGACCUUGCAGGACCUGGACGGUUCCAGGAGAACCCAUCCUCUCACAGGACCGUGACUAGUAGACCCAACACGGGUGGAGGAGAGACGGCUGAAGGUUUCCGGCGUUCACCACCUGUGGAUCUUCUCAGUGUUGGUGUGUCGUCUCCGGGUACGGGCUCGGGUUCCCAGCGGGCUCAGAUGGACCAGGAAGUCCUCAGGGGGUUCCUCUGUAGCAGAGCUGUCUCGGGCACAGCUUGACCCACAUCCAGAGUCUCCAAACGGCACAAAUGUGUCCAGAACCACAGAACCUUCGGGGCGUUUGAUCCCGUUUUCUCCUUUGACUUCAUGAAAGACAUUUUUAUGUCAGGUCUUCACUCCACAGCAGAUCCAGACUUCAGCUUCCAUAUUGUGGUAAAAACCAAACGACAAGCCUUUUUUCUUUUUUUUUUACUGUAACCAUGGCAACUGUGGGGUCACACGCUGCCCUCAGGAGCUUUGGGACAAACCAGUGUUUCUGAAAAUGAGAACAUGGAUGUUCUUCAUCUCAUUGUUAUCGGGUGAAAUGAAGGAAAUAUUGGAAAACUUUGAUUUGGACGAAUAAAAGCCUGUUUGGAUUUUCUCUUCUCA